AUGCGUUCGUUCAAAUUCACCUCCUUGCUCUUGUUAGCAGCCUCUUCUUUGGUAUCAGCUCAAACCGAGGGGGAAGAUACAACUUCAUAUGAAGGCACCACCACAGUAACAACUAUCCCGGCAGUCACUGCCACCACCACCGUGCCGGGCCAGGUCAACGUUGAAGGCAUCGUCUACAUUUGGACCAAUGAGGAAGGCGUCUUGACCACCACCACCGUUUAUGUCACUACCGAGACCGGUCCCGUUGAACAACCUCCAGCAACAUCUAGCGAAGAACCAGUUGUUGAAACCAGUGCUGCGGAACCAGCCUCUUCUUCGGGCGAGACUCCAGCCGAAACUACUGAAGCUCCAGUUUCUGCCACCACCACCGCACCAGCUGAAUCCUCAGUCACUGUUCCAGCAGAAACAAGCUCCCAAGAUAACCUUACCGCACUUGCGCCAAACGUCUCCACCAUAUCGGUUGAUGUCCCCGAAGGUGAUUACGCGACUUCCACCACAACUACUUACACUACGUUGUUGGGAGGUGAAACUGCUGUUUUGGAAUUGGUUGUCUUGUACACUCAAGUCUGCUCGGCCUAG